AUGGAGGAGAAUAGAAUGCAUGAUCCGCGGAAGGUAACGCAGGCAUUCCCAGACCCCAACCUUCUGGAUUUCCGGGUCCUGAGGAACCUCCUCUGCUUAGAGAAGACACAGGUAGCCCGCAGAGUGCCUUUCUGCCAGUGGCCGCAGCAGGAGGUGACCAUGAAGAUGAUGCAGAUCCUGUCUCAGUGGUUGCUGGAGGUGGGCUUCACGUAAAUAACUAUUAAAAUUGCAGGCAAAUAUUAAAGCAUGUGGUGAGAAUGGCAAAAGCCGAAAAUGGCCCCCCAAAAAAGCGAGAAUGUAAAAAAAAUAGUGUGUGUGUUUGUGUGUGUGUGUGUGUAUAUAUAUAUAUAUAUAUAUAUAUAUAUAUAUAUAUAUAUAUAUAUAUAUGUGUGUAUAUAUAUAUAUAUAUAUAUAAUAUUUUGUUAUGCAGCGCUGUUCUCAUUGCAACACACAAAAGAUUAAAAAAAUAUAUAUAAAUAGGCACUAUUAUUACAGUUUGACUCUUGAGGGGAGCUCAUAUAAAGAGUAUGACAUUUGUUAGUUUACCUUCUACUAGAAAAUGUGAAGAUUAUGAGAAAACCCUAUUUAAAAUAGGCAUUUAUCCUAUUUCUUUGGCGUAUGAUUUGACUGACAAGGGAGAGCAGAAAACACCUCCCAUAGGUGUUCCUGUUCUCUAAAGCAUAGCAAAUGCAUGUGCUUUGCUUGCUAUAAAACUUGCCUAGUAGGUACUGCUAGCGCUGUGUAGAGAUAUCACCCCAUUCAGAUGCUGGCAGUGAAGAAAGUGUCGCACAGGUUUGCCCUGCUUGGCGUGCCAUCCAAAGCAGGACAAAUAACAGAAAAGCGGUAAGUGUUACACGAAGAGUAAUGUCCACAAGGCUCAGAAGUUGGCGGUGCUGGAAAGGAGGUGAGGUAAUAAUAUCUCUAUACUUUGCAUUAAAUCCAUUAUGUAUCUUUGUAAUAUAUGAUGUAUUUAAUGUAUAUGAGGGUAAUAAACGGUAAGUUUAGGUUUCCAUUAAAGGAACCCUUUAAGGUCAGGAACACAAACAUGUAUUCCUGACCUUAUAGUGUUAAGACCAUCAUCUGACCCCCCUCCCCCUCUUACUUGUAUUUAAGUCUGAAGCUGCUGUCUCUGACCUGCCCAUGUCUGCUGACAUCAUCAGAAGUGGUGGUCUGAGCCAAUCAAAAUGCUUCACCAUAGGAUUGGCCGAGACUAUCAAGGAGGCAGAUCAAGUCAAACACAGACCUGGCCAAUCAGCAUCUCACAGAGAUGAAUUGAAUCAAUGCAUCUCUAUGAGGAAAGUUCAGUGUCUGCAUUCAGAGGGUGAAGACACUGAAUGGCAGUUCUGCUCACUGUGCAUCACUGCCCCAGGAAGCACUUCUAGCAGCCAUCUAAGGAGUGGCCAGUUAAGUUAUCACUAGGCUGUAAUGUUAACACUGCAUUUUCUCUGAAAAGACAGUGUUUAAAGCAAAAAGCCUGAAGGGAAUGAUUCUACUCACCAGAACAAAUACAACACGCUGUAGUUGUUCUGGUGACUACAGUGUCCCUUUAAAGGUGCAAUUUAACCAUGUACACCACACAAAUUUAAGGAUGGAGACAAUUGUACAAGUUCUAAUCAAAUCAAAACCUGGAAUUUGCCCUAAAUUCAAGCCACACUUUACCUCUUUCAAAUUAAGUGCACCCACACUUAGAUAUCAUUUUGUUCAGAAUAAACAGGGCUUUCAUUUCAUAUCAAAUAUUCAUAUAUGAAACUAAUUAAUACGACUAAAAGCAAAACAUUUCAGAAAUUAAUAAAUAUUGAUAUUUUUCAAGUUCAGCAUGGCAUUUUAGCUGUGAAUAUAACACUGUUAACUUUUACAAAACACACAUAUUUGUGUUCAGUGAUGUCCUGCUGGUACAACAGUACUCAGUACAACAGGGUUUUGGAAAGUUACAGGGUAAAUAUAGGGCUUCCCCUGUUUUUAGUUUUUACACAUUGAAAUUUGCUGAGCCAUUGUUGCCUUUGAGACCAUGGCAGCCCAGGAAUGAAAAUUCCCAUCCAUCAUGGCAUACCAUUUUCAAAAGUAAACAACCCAGGUUAUUCAAAAUGGGGUAUGUCCAGUCUUUUCUAGUAGCCACUUAGUCACAAACGCUGACCAAAGUUAACGUUCAUAUUUGUUUUUUGCAUUUUUCACACACAAAUUGCACUUUCACUGAUGAUAUCAUUAUUGUGAAAUGCUUUUACUAUUUUAAAAUACUAAUAUUUGUGUUCAGCGAUGUCUCCAAGUAAAACAGUACGCCCUCAUGUCCAGGAUUUUUAGUCUUUUGGAAAGUUACAGGGUUAAAUAUAGGGCUUGCAAAUUAAAUUCUCUGUCUGGGUUGUCAGGCAGGUCCCUCAAAUUGUGAUUAAUAAAAUUACAUAAUUAUGUAAGAAGAUUACAUAAAUAUACACAUAGCAUUUACAUAUACACAUGUAAAUAUAUGUGUAUCAUUUAAAAAAAUAUAUUUUUAUUUACAGAUAAAUAUAUAAUUUCAUCCUAAGUGUAUUUUUAUACCAAUACAUACAUAUAUAAAAUCUCAAAGCUAUAAUGAAUGUGUAGAAUUACCACUGUAAUUAAAUUUUUAUAUUUACAAUGUUUGCCCCUGCAGGCUGACCCCAAGCUUGCUAUGCUGACCAUGUGGUGGCUCCACAUGGCCCAGGUGGGCCUUAUCUGCUAGAGGGGUACUGCUUAAAGGGACUCUCCAGUGCCAGGAAAACAAUCCGUUUUCCUGGCACUGCAGGUCCCCUCUCCAUCCCACCACCCAUCCCCGGUUGCUGAAGGGGUGAAAACCCCUUCAGUGACUUACCUGAGACACCCGCCGAAGUCCCUCGGCGGUGGUUUCGGGUCGCCGCCGCUCCUCCCCUUCAUCACGUCAGCCGGCUGAGGAGACCUAAUGCGCAUGCGCGGCAAUGCUUAGAGCUCUCCAUAGGAAAGCAUUGAAAAGGCUUUUUAAUGCUUUCCUAUGGGAAAUUGAGCGACGAUGGACGACGACGCACAGCGUGAGGACGUCCAGCGACACUCUAGCACAGAAAACCUGUGCUAUGAAGCAGGAAGUACCCUCUAGUGGCUGUCUAGUAGACCGCCACUAAAGGAGGAUUUAACCCUGCAAGGUAAUUAUUGCAGUUUAUGAAAACUGCAGUAAUUACAGUUGCAGGGUUAAGGGUAGUGGGAGUUGGAACCCAGACCACUCCAAUGGGCAGAAGAAGUCCCUUUAAGUUGUCAGGCUGUCCCCCAGAAGCUGGUUGCCAGGUAAGUAAGUAUAUCUGAGGCGCUGUGGUGGAAAGCCGCCAGAACAGCUUUUAAGACAUAGAGCGGCGGUAAGGGGUUAAAGGGACACUCCAGAGCCCUAAAGCACUUUAGCUUAUUGAAAAGCUGUAUGUUUGAAGAUUGUUUUUUUUUUUUUUCUCUUUUCUUUUUUUUUUUCAUUUAACAAAGUCUAGAUUUCAAUUAAAAUUGACACUUAUUUUAUAAAUUGUCAAAUGUUUCUGUUUCCUGGUUUGCUUAGUUCAGCAGAGCAAAAGUCAAGGGGUAGGCAAUUAUCCAGAGCACUUACCUUGCAAAAACUUCUCUUUGAGUUGCAUUGGGAAGUCUGUGAUUGGACAGUCUGAGCAGUGUUAGAAGGGGAGGGCAUGCAAAGGCAGCAGACAAGAGAUCUACUUUUGGAAGCAAAUUGGAGCUGCAGUAAGAUUACUGCUCCAUUUAAAAAAAAUAACAGCCGGCUAACCGCCGAGCAAGAUGGCCGCUUAGAAAUCUGCUCCGGCACAUGGGCUCCACCAACUCCACUUUUAACGCGAGCUGAAACCACCCUAACACCCAAGCAAACCAUGGCCUCAUCCAAAGCUAAGAAAAUGGCUGCAAAAGCCGAAAAAAUGUACUUUUUUGGACAAAAAUCCUCCCUAACAGCGGAGACAGCACGGGCGACAGACCAAGAGACCGUGGACGAGCUGGAAUCCAGCUCACUGCCGGCAAUGUCUGAAGAGCCUCAGCCCACAGACUGCCUAACACGAAGCUACUUCGAACGUGCUAUGGAGGCAAUGGCGACAAAAUUAAUUACCACAUGGCAAACAACUGCCGACCAACUCAAACGCGAGGUCAGAGAUCUAUCGGCCAGAACAUCCGCAGUGGAACAACGCUGCCAGACCCUCGAGACCGCGCAAACGACGACUUCAGGGUGCUUACAAUCCCUACAACAACAAAUGGAAAGCAUGGAAGCGCGCAUGGCGGACCAUGAAGACAGAGCGCGCAGAAACAACCUAAGACUCAGAGGAGUCCCCGAAACGGUCCUACCUGAGGACCUGCAGGCCUAUGUGAGAGGCCUCUUACGCGCCUACGGCCCGGACAUUCCCGCAGACAUGCUGCUUGUCGAUAGGGUCCACCGAGUAGCGAAACCGAGACACCUACCAGAUUCCAUCCCACGCGAUGUCCUACUUAGGGCCCACUACUAUCAUGUGAAAGAGUUGGUCCUCAGAUCCCAUCGUAACAAAGCAAACCCGCAUGAAGACUUCCCAACAGUACGCAUCAUGGCGGACCUGUCGCCAGCUACCCUCCGACGCAGACGAGACUUCAACGUGGUCACAACCGCACUCCGCCACCAUGGAAUCCGUUACAGGUGGGGAUUCCCCACGAAGAUAAUCCUCACCAGAAACGGGAAAUCGCACCUCCUUCUAUCUCCAGAGGACGGAUUGGCGGCCCUGGAGGCAUGGGACUUAACGACAGCAGCACCGACAGAGGCACGACCCAAGCCCCAGAGACCAGGCCAUAGCACAAAUAUGAACUAAAAUGAAAGAACGGAACUGAAUGGCAUGCUAGCGCAAGUAUCACAUUAAUGCUAUAUCUGCUCAAAUGUUUUCUUGAUCAAUAUGCAAGGUGUAUGUACCCAUGCUACAAGAGGGUAUAAUCCUAACCGCUGUCUGCACUCCCUUUAAUAGCCCACUCAACUGUAAACCAGAUUGGGUAGCCCUUAGAUGCACAUGCUGCGCAAUGCAUAGAAUUUAUUAAAUGAAGUGCCACUAUAGGACACACCUUCGCAUAGGGCGCUGUCACUAAAGCAUGAGCCCAACGGGACAAUCUAUCACACUGCCCAAUGUCUAGCACUACUAGAUAAGCACGCUUCGAUGCGCACAAGGGCACCGGGGGAACCUAGCACAGCCCAAGCCCAAAUAUGCGCCACACUGCGCAAUUAAGAAUGUGGUUAAUAAGGGAGGGUAAAAACAAUGUUCUUGCAUAAUUACAGCAGCAGCGGUCAAAACAAACAGCAUCGAUUAUCGCAAUGAUACCUGCAUGCCUAUCCAGUAACAAAGUUUAAAGUUGUGUUGAAAGUUUUAUUGUUGAUCCACGCUAUAACCAAGGUUUCAGCUCUACCAAAUAGUUGUUUAUAUCAUAGACAGGAGCCCAACCAGCCACGUAUUUGGAAGCUCCAGCUCCGCAGCCCCACGGUACGACUAACGUACCAGACCGCACGGUCUUUGUAUAUAAUCCACCCCAACCACCGACAGAACCCCGUCCUCCCAGCCUUCCCUAUCUCCCCCCUGCACCUACACGACACGGCAGCUACACGCACCUCCCAUCCUAAGCAAACCACCACCGCAUACAAUACUUGAACUCACGCAACACUCCAUAAUAACCAUGAUCAUCUACUCACACAACACAAAGGGGCUCAACACGCCUCACAAACGGCGAGUGCUACUGGACGAUAUAAAAAGCACGAAGGCAGACAUAGUCUGCAUUCAAGAAACGCACUUUGUCACUAACCGAAUACCCACCUUCGCAACUAGAGACUACCCCACACAGUAUCAUGCCACGCACACUUCUAAAUCCAGAGGGGUCUCCAUACUGUUACAUAACUCAUUAACAGUGGAGACUCUGCGAGUCAAAACGGACAGCCAAGGUAGAUACCUUAUUCUUCAAUGUAUAAUUAACAAUGACCCACUCAUUCUAGUAUGCCUAUACAGCCCAAAUGACCAACAGCGCAACUUCCUCCAUAAGGUCCUCAGCAAACUGCCAGAAGAUUCAAAUGAUCCCAAGAUUAUCUGCGGAGACUAUAACCAUACUAUGGACUCGCGAACAGACACAACAACCCCUGCCACAUCAACAAGGCACCUCACACUGGGCCCAAACAACAAAGCAUUCACAAAGCUUAUACACGAAAAUAGCCUAUACGAUGUUUGGCGAACUAGACACCCAUCGGACAGAGAAUACACAUUCUUCUCGCACGUACACAAGACAUAUUCAAGAAUAGACCACAUCCUCGCUUCAGGCACGAUACUACCGCUCAUAGAGGACUGCUCAAUAGGCAAUAUAGUCUGGUCCGACCACGCCCCAAUUACACUGACCCUGCGAUCCAACUACCAACAUAGAGGUAAACCACCAUGGCGCCUCAACGAAACACUCCUUCAGGACAAAGUGUUCACGACAAAAUUGAUGGAAAACCUGCAAGACUAUUUUCACACCAACGAUAACCCGGAGACCUCCAUCUACAGUAUCUGGCAGGCCCAUAAAACUGUCCUGAGAGGUCAGCUGAUCAGCCGAGCAUCAUACCUCAAACGCCAAAGGGACAAGGCACAUAUAGACCUUCUUCGACAGCUAAGAGACAUCACGGCUGCACAUUUUCUGAACCCAUCGGACACGCAUGCAAACGACAUACAAAAUAUCACUAAACAAAUCAAUAUCUUAACUCUUGAGAAAACGGCCCACAUCCUUACCAAACUGAAACUACGAACAUACACGCAAGGUAACAGAGCAGGGAAACACUUGGCCAACUUACUCAAACAAAAGCAGGCCAACUCCAAAAUCCCACACCUAAUCACCAAAACUGGCGAAAAAAUUCAUAACCCACAAGACAUCAAUGACGAUAUGGCCGACUACUACCACUCCCUCUACAACCUUAAAACAGAUCCCACCCUACACCAACCUACCACACAAGAAAUAGACGAAUUCCUUCACACUAUGGAACUCCCCACUCUAACGACAACACAAAAACACACUAUACAACAUCAGAUCACCGAGCAAGAAAUCAUAGACACCAUAAACUCCCUACCACCUGGAAAAUCAGCAGGCCCAGACGGACUACCCAACUCAUAUUACAAACAGUUCGCGCCUACCCUAGCUCCCUACCUACAAAGAGUAUACCACCACAUCCUACAGACAGGGACCAUGCCACAAGAAAUGCUCAUGGCCCAUGUCGCCACCCUCCCCAAACCAGGGAAACCCCCAAACAAAUGCCAAAAUCUGCGCCCCAUCUCGCUGUUAAACACGGACGUGAAAAUUAUAGCAAAAAUCCUCUCAAACAGGCUAGCUCCCAUAAUUCCCUCACUUAUUAAAGAAGACCAAGUAGGGUUUGUGAGGGGCAGACAAGGAGCGGACGGCACGCGAAAAACCCUGGACCUACUAUACGCAAUACAGCAAAAAAAGAGGCCUAGCGUCCUACUAUCCCUAGAUGCCGAAAAAGCCUUUGAUAGGCUCCAUUGGCCCUUCCUGUUGGCUGUCCUCCACAAAUUUGAAUUUCCCCCACAAUUUAUAUCACUCAUUAAAGCACUAUACUCUCAGCCAACAGCCCGAGUGGUAAACGGGGGUUUUAUCUCAAAACCCUUCCAUAUAACUAACGGCUCUAGACAGGGCUGCCCACUUUCCCCACUGCUGUACAUCCUGGCGCUAGAACCCCUCACCCAACUCAUACGAGACAACCCGAAUAUCCACGGUAUUAAAACUGGGGACCAAGAGUACAAAUUGUCCCUAUUUGCGGAUGAUAUCUUACUAACCCUGGAACAACCACAUAUCUCCCUGCCCAAUUUCCACGCAACCCUCUCUAGAUAUAGCGCAUGCUCAUAUUACAAGUUGAACAUCACUAAGACUCUAGCCAUGGGGAUUAAUAUCCCGAGCCCUGUCCUGACAACCCUUAAAUCCAAUUUUAACUACGACUGGAGACAAGACAAUAUCAAAUUUUUAGGAAUAAACUUCACACCUACAACGAACACACUGCUCAAAGCGAACUAUACUAAACUGCUUAAGGAAGUUAAAUCCCUAAUGCAAAGCUGGAGGGGGAAAUAUGUGUCCUGGACUGGACGAAUAGCCUCGGUGAAGAUGGUGAUUCUACCCAAGAUUCAAUAUCUGUUCCGUACACUCCCACUCCGACUCCCCAAAAAGUAUCUGAUGGAACUACAAAACGUCAUAAACGACUUCGUCUGGGACAAUAAAAAAACAAGGGUGUCCAAAGCCACAAUGUACAAGCCACACGCCCAGGGCGGGAUGGGCCUGCCCGAACUGGCGGGAUACUACAGGGCAGCGCACAUUGCUCCACUCAUUGCUGCAACACACAGCCAGGUCCCCACAGCGUGGGCAAAACUGGAGGAAAGGCAAGCCCGGAAGAUCCCAAUCCAGACUCUAGGCUGGCUACCAAAAACUCACAGACCCAAAGCUUCAGAAUUGCUCCUCACUACAGCACUAACCCUGUCCAUAUGGGACAGCUACCGGAAAAAAAGAGGCGCGACAAACCUACUCUCCCCGGCGAUGCCAUUGGAGACACUCCGACAGCUUAUCCCAGAUUUCAAUUAUAAACUCUGGCAAAGGCACGGCAUAACCACAAUAUCGCAUAUAAUGCAAGGAAAUAACCCCAAAUCAUUCUCAGAACUUCGCACAGAAUUCAAGCUACCUAAUACGGCGGCCUUUUCCUACCUCCAACUACAAUCAUGGAUACGCAUCCACACUCCGACACAACCUGCUGAUCCUCCAAACCUCCAUUGGACUAAAUUGAUGAAGAUCUGCACAAGGGAAAAACCAGCGACAAAACUUAUCUCCACAUUAUACGCCUCGGAACACAUGGAGACCCUAACGGACCCACCUUCCUUUAAAGUGGCAUGGGAACAAGACAUCGGACACACACUCUCAAAUGACCAAUGGCAAGAUAUAUACCAAGCUCAUAAACGACUAACCCUCUGUACGACCCACCUAGAACUCUCACGCAAACUACUCUACAGGUGGUACCUAGUCCCCGCAAAACUCAAACAUAGCUACCCCGAUACAUCGGACACAUGUUGGAGAUGCCAAGCGCACCGAGGCACCCUACUACACAUAUGGUGGCAAUGCCCGCUACUACAACGAUACUGGGCACAAGUUGCGAACCUGGCUACAAAAUGCACCACGGUGCAGAUAACCCCCACACCAGAAACAUUCCUACUACUCUCACUCCCACAAUUGCCACACCUGCACUUAAAGUAUCUACUGUACCACAUCUGCAUUGCAGCCCUCACAGUCAUUAGCAGAAAAUGGAAGCAACAAAUCACCCCAACACUCCACCAAUGCAUUGAGGUAAUAGAAUCAACCAAACUAUAUGAACUUAUGGCAAGGAAAUCGAGACAGUCUCACCCCUACUGGACUGAAGCAUGGGACCUGUGGGACAAAACUAGACCGCAACAAUCAUAUAUAACACAACCCUGAAGCUGGAAACGGUACCUCCACGACAGGAGGCUGAACUCAAAUAACAGACUGAUACCUCACCACACUACUCCACACGGCAUACACACCCAUCCCAAUUCCCCUCUUAUCCCCUAUAAACGCUAUGAUGAGACAUCUAUAACCAUAUGUAACACAAUAACCAGGGCCAUGCUAAGCUCUGCCCAGCCAGCACGACCCCAUGACGAGAAAACCCAUACUACACCAUUAAAAAAGAAGAUGACACUAUGCACAAGACACCCUCACACCACAAGGUGCUGUUACUAAGGGAUAACUACAACUGUGCAAACCCUGACAAACUACUGUAUUCAAACUGCAAUGCCUUAUGUGAUGUUAACCCACCCUAUUUACUUUCUGUACCCCCACCCCUUUUUCGACAAAAUAAAAAUUGUCAAAUUCAAAAAAAUAAAUAAAAAAAUAACAGCCACACUGGACCCCUGGGUGGAUUUCAAUGAAAACAAAAAUGCGAGUGUGUGGGCGUCUGUCAGAGUGUGUGUGUGCACCUGUCAGUGUGUGUGCGUUUAAGCAUCUGCACCCUCCAAUCGCAUGAGGAAGGCGUUUUACUCACGUUUUUUUCCCACGCCAUGCCAGUUUCGCCGUGGCUGCUCCCACCUCCAUGGCUGAGAUUAUCAAUCUUUAUGAUCUCAGAUAAGCCAAUGCUUUCAUGCAUGCGCAGCAAAUGUGCCUAUCUGCAUCUCCUCAUAGAGACGCAUUUAAUUAAUGAAUCUCUACAAGGAACAUUUAGUGCCUCCAUGCAGAGCUUUGAGACCAUGCACGUGGUGCAGCAGUGACACAGGACUCUCUAGUGGCAAUCUGGGGUAAUAGAGGUGUUACUAAACAGCAAUGUAAACACUGCCUUUUUGCUGAAAAGGCAGUGUUUAGUGAUAAGCCUGCAGGGACAGACUAUAGACACCAGAACAACUAGAUCAAGCUGUAGUGGUUCUGGUGACUAUACUGUAGUGUUUAAGAAUUGCAUUUUUCUCAUUGAAAAUGACUGGCUCCUAGAUUCCAAACAAAUUUGUCAAGCCCUGGAAUAAGUAACAUGUCAAGUAAUGUGUGAGAUUAGGGGGUUAUUCACUAAACAUCAAAUUGCAGUGAAUAUUUUAGGCUAUAUUGCUAAUCUGUGAUUAUAUCUGAAUUGGAGAAACUACAGAACAAUGAGCUUUAUUUUGCUUAUGAAAGCCAGUGGUUAGAGUUCCAACUGCACUAUCCCUUAAGUUUAAUUCUUGACAGUGUCAAGCAUUCAUGCUUCCAAGGUUGAUAAAAUGAGUACCAUUGCUUUGGGUAAUAACAUGAAAACUAGAGAAAUAUAAAACUGUCUAGAAUCUACCUGAUUUUUACUCUUUUGCCCUGCCAACUAUAGGUAUGUGAGCAUCAACAGUGUGAAGAAGGGGUGUAUCAGCUUUGCCUGUGCCUCUUGUGUACAUAUAUGUCCAUGAGCCCUGUGAAGAUAAGGCAGCUGCAACGUCUGGGGGCUGUUUGCCUUUUUUUGGCCUCCAAAAUGAGGGACCUGGUACCCAUUACCGUGGAAAAGUUGUGUAUGUACACAGACUACUCUGUCACCGCUCAGAAAAUCAUGGUAAAAUAAUUAUUGAUUCUAUUUGAUAUACAUUUAUAUUUCACUUUAUAUUUUUUUUAAUUUUAAAAACAUUUUAUUGUGCACAAAACGGUACAAUAACAUGUGAUGCAAUAGAUCAAAGGGUUACAAUGAUAAAAGUAAUAAGGGGGGGAGGGUAUACAGAAAAAAGAGAUGGGGGUGUUACAUUUAAUUACGUAAUGUGUGACAUCUUUAGUUAUGGAAUGCUGUUGGCCAUAAGCCUAUACCAUUAUGUUUGUGUAUAACAUGACUCUGGUUUGGACGUAUAGCUCUGUGUGCUCCGGUUUGGGUCCUGUAAUAUCCUGCCAACUUGGCAGCUAGGGUUUCCUAGAGCUUUUAGUCUCCCGUGUCUACUUGUGGAUUAGCUUGUGUUAUGCGUAGAGGCUAUUUAGCCACAGUGAUGCUGUCUUAGCUUUUGGUUGCAAAUUGGGCUAUCUUGUAUCUCAAAUCAUGUAAGAGGCUCAUGGUAUACAUCUAAUGGCUGUUUCACCAGUGUCACUUGGGGUCGGCCUGUGUGUUCUCUUCAACUGAUAUUAGGUUUUCCGCCAGAGAUAGCGGGGGCUCAGGGUUUGUACUUGUACCUGCGGCUACCUCCUGACCAUUGUUGGGGUUGAUCCCAGGGUUCCCCAGUGUCCCACCGGCUAACUAUAUUUUCUGUAUUGUCUGAGGUAUGUUACGUAGGGUGUCAUGAUAACUGGUCUCUAAUAUUAUUUCAAAUCAGUCUUUCAUUGAUCAGGAUCUAGGCCAAACAUCCUGGUAGGUGGGCAGUGUGCAUUUGGGUAAAGGUGCGCCAUGGGCUCCAUAGUUGGGCGUGUUUCGUGUAUCUUUUAUUAAUCGAGACGGUGAUCUCCUCCAUUUGUCGUACGCAUUCAACCCUGUGUAUCCAUUCCCUGACCGUGGGUACUCGCAUCUGUUUCCACAGAAUAGGGAUCAUCUGGUUCGCUGCUGUCGGCAUGUGGGCUACUAGUUUAGCUGUGCCAGCCUUGAUGUUCGGGAUGGGCGCUGAGAGUAUUAAAUAUUUUGGGGAGAAAGGGAUUGUUGAGGAGGAGAUUGUCUGCCUGGGUUAGUGUGUGAAUACGUUAUCAAAUUUUUGGAUCUCUGGGCACUUCCACCAUAUAAGUGUCGUGUAGUUGGCAUCUCCAGCACUCGUCUGGGGCGUUUUCGUGAAUCUUGGCUGCCGUGUAGUGCCAUCUUGUGAUGCGUUUGUAAUUGCUUUCUUGUGUACCUAAGUUAGUGGACGAUGUGUGCGCUUUUAGGAAAAUAGCUUUCCAUUGACCUGGGGUGAUCUCCACCUGUAACUCCUCCAUCCUCCUGGCAAAGUACGGUAUGGUCUGGUGAUUUGCUUCCACCAGAAGUAAAUACAUAGUCGAUAAAAUUUUCUUUUUUUAAUGUGCAGUCUUGACAUUAGUUCUAAUUUCGUAAGGUCCUUAUUCCCCUUCAGGAGAAGGUUGGUGCGGUUUAUGAAAUGGGAGAUUUGGGUGUGGUGUCGGUGUAUGCCAGUAACUGCAUGAUCGGGCAUCAGUUGUGACAUGGUUUUGAUCUCACCCUCCUGCAACAUGUCCCGCAGCGUCAGUAUCGGUGUGGUAUGGAACUUGCGGAUGUUUGUACCCGAGUGCCCUUCUUGAAACAAAGGGUUGUGAGUGAGUGGAUAUUGUGGAGAUGGGUGCGCGGAUAUGCUAGUCAUGUGUCUGGUUGAGUCGCAGACCUUCAGAGUGGCAGAGAUGGUAGGAUGUGGUUUGGAUUGCACGUAUAUACAGCCUUUUUCGUGCCAAGGGGUUGUGUGUAAUGGGAUCUCGAGAAAAGUGCCCUCAAUCUUAACCCACUGUGAGUUCAUGUUAUUGUAAGUCCAUUCAUAAAUUCUGGAGAGGUGGACUGCCUGAUGGUAUUUUUCCACACUCAGAAGGCCUAAGCCCCCCUCUGAGCGUGGCCUGGUGAGUAGUGAGUAGGCCAAUCUAGGGUGUGACCACAGGAAUGUCGUGAGGAGUUUCCGGACAGACCCAAAAAAUGUCUUGGGGAGGGAUAUGGGCAUCGUUUGUAGGAAGUACAAGAUACGUGGGAGGAUGUUCAUUUUAAUUAUAUUGAGUCGACCGAACCAACCAAAUAGUGGUUUUAUGCCAUUUUUUUUCAGGCCAUUUGCGAUUGCCUCCAGUAAUGGUGGAAAGUUGGUCUCAUAUAACUGUUCUAGUCGUCUGGGGAGGUGGAUCCCUAGAUAUUUAACCCCUUAAGGACACAGCUUCAGAAGCUUGUCUUACGCUUAAUGACACAAGCUAUUUUUUUUGCAUUUUCUUGCUGUAUGCGUUCAACUGCAAUUUGCAUCUCUCACUUUUAUUGCACUGACACAUAUUAUAUACUCUUUUAAAGGAUAGAAAGGGCUUUCAUUUGAUGUGUAAUUAAUAUAUAUAUAUAUAUAUAUAUAUUUUAUAUUAGAAAAAUACAGAAAAAUGCAAAAAAAGAGAAUUUGUUUUAUGUACAGUUUUUGCAAUAAUAAUGUGUGCCUAAUUAGUGCAGGUUAAAGAAAGUAAUUAAAAAUAAAUUCAUUUAGUUGUUCUGAUUUACAGAAUAUAUAAUGUGUCUGGGAUUUUAAGGUUUUUUUGGUAGUUACAGGUCACAAAGCACAAGGAGUAAAAUAAACUUUUUAAUGUGGAGCGAUUUUAGAAUUUGGUAUGUUUGUCUUGUAAGCUUAAUAGCCAUAAAAGAAAACAAAAUUGCCACACAAAAGUAUAUAUUUAUAUAAAGUAGACAUCACAGGCUAUUGUCCUAAGGUUGUUUUGACACUUUCUACGUAGCCAUUUCACCGCCAAUCUCCGCUAAAUAUUGGAGUAAAAUUUAGUUUUUGGGGGGUUUUUGGCACACAAACUUAUAACAAAGAACUUCUCAUGUGUAUUUUGUAAAGUUGGUGUGUGCUAUUCCUGUACAAAGUUUUAUUUUGUGUUCAGUUACUUCUGCUGAGUACAACGAUACCCCCAUUGUAUGUCUUUGGCACUGUUUUGUGAAGCUACAGUGCCAUAUAGGAGACCUGUCCGUUUCAACAUUUACAGUCAAAUUUUGAGAGGCGGAUUUUAUCGGCCUAUGCUUCAAUUUGGGGUAUUAUAGCAGUUUGACUGUUCAAAAAAACCGCACACAGGCCUACCAUUUGUAAAAGUCGACACUCCAGGGUAUCUCAUAUGGUGCAUAUUGUGCCUUAACAUGCACCCAUUUUUUAACCAAUAUAUGCCAAAGUAUGUGGUAAAAAAUUAUUUGGGGCAUGUUUUACAUACGGAUUACAUUUUUGCUGGGCAUUUUCUACAUUUCAUAUGUGCCACUAAGUUCAAACCCCCCAAAUUAUGCUCAGCUAAGUCUUCUGAGUAAAACCAUAUGCCCAAUGUAUGACCUAGACCAGGGGUAGGCAACCUACGGCACUAGUGCCAUGCACGGCACUCGAGGUGCCUUGGCACGGCACUCAAGGCUGCCGGAGUCAAACAGGCUCUGGCCUAUCAGGAGUCCCAGUAAAACUUCAGAUAUCUGCUAGUCCGAAAAGGUGGUGAAGGACAAUCCUCAAUUUAUGCAUUGCAGCACGUAGAGGAAGUGAUCUCAGAUCACUUCCUCCCAGCACUUGUGAAUGGGAAUCCACACAGUAGUAGAGCAGCACACAGUUGCUGUUGCAGCUCCUGUCCUUGACAUGUACCUGGCCGGCCUAGUCCCCACUGUAACCCAGGGAAGUCACCCACACUGCUAGAUAUACACAGAAAUGCAGAAUAACCCUCCCCUCAUACAAAUAGUACAGCCCACACACAGCCCACACACAACCCACACACAAACAUACACACAAUCCGCAACACCACUAACAAUCCACAUACAUGCACACAACCCCACAUGCAGCCUCUCACAUGCAAUACCCCAAUAAGCCCCCACACAUUACCAAACACACAAUGUGACAUAUCCAUCCACACACACAAUUCCACAAAUAGCCCCCAUACACAGCUUACAUUCAUAUGUAUCAUACACAAUACCAUAAACUACUCAUGAACAUAUACAAUAUAAUAGCUCAUAUACGCAGGGCCGUCUUUAACGCAGGGCAAACGGGGCAGCUGCACUGUGAGCCCCGCUGGCCUCAACUAUUUCUCACCCCCGGCCGGUAAUCCACACACUAAGGAGGCCCACCGGCUGGCCCAUGCACAAAGGGCCACCCGGUGGGCUUCAGUCAGCAGGGGUCUGGUCGCGCGCUGAGGCACUUUAACAGCGGGCCCCUUGCUUUUCGGCAGCAGGCUGGGAGGAAGGGACGGCCGUGCAUCACUUCCUCCCACAAAGAGAGGAGCGUGCGGGAAAGAAGAGUAGGCAGAGUGGAGGGGGGCUGGCCGAGAGAGCCAGACCCCACCUCCCAACACCUUCAGCCACCAGCAGAAAAGGUAGGAAACUGGAGGGUGGGUUUUAAAGUGUAAAUUUGGUGUGUGUUAGUAUGCUUGAAUGUGUGUGUGUGUGUGUCAAUAUAUCUGUGUGUGUCAGUAUGUCUGUGUGUGUGUGUCAGCAUGUCUGUGUGUAUGUGUCUGUGUGUGUCAGCAUGUCUGUGUCAGCAUAUCUGUGUGUGUGUGUGUUAGUAUAUCUGUGUGUCAGUAUGUCUAUGUGUGAGUGUCAGCAUGUCUGUGUGUGUGUGUGUUAAUAUGUCUGUGUGUGUCAGCGUUGGGGUGGAGGACGUGAUUGCAUGCCUGGGGAGGGGGGACAGGGUCCAGUGGGCCCCAAGCAAAUGCUUUGCCCAGGGUCCAUUCAAUAUUAAAGACGGCCCCGCAUAUACACACAUAUAUAACGAUACAAAGCAAUUACAGUAAAAAUAACACAAGCAGAAUAUGGCAGCGUACACACCUCAAUUUUAAAAAAAAUAGGACCGCACGCUACGGGACAUCACAAUCCUAUAUCGGCACAGUGCUACUAAAAGGUUGCCUACCCCUGACCUAGACACUAUUUUGUGAAGUUACACUGCUGUAAAAGAGACGUGACAAGUUCAGGUUUUUAAGUGUGAAUUUUCAUGGAUGGUUUUGAUGCGUCCGUGUCCCAGUUUGGAGCACUUGAGCAGGCUACAUAUUACAACUACACCAUAAAGGCAUACCAUUUCUUAAAGAACACAUCCCAGGGUAUUUCAAAAGGCAUAUUUAAAACCUUAGCGUUGGAUAAUUUUUCCGCUAGCUUGUACCAAGUGUAGUGGUAAUAAGCGUUUUUUUGCGUUUUUGACACACAAAGUGAGUUUGCACAGUAUAUUUUGCAAAUUGUAUGUGUGCUACGACUGUAUACUACUUCAUAUGUUGCUCAGCUAUGUCGGCUGAGUACAGCAAUACCCCCGUAUGUACCUUUGCCUGGUAUAUGUGGACAUCGGAGGGGCACAUUUGGGACACAGCCAUUCCCGUUUUUUUUCAAACUUUGAAUGUUUACGCUGGGUCCAUGUCCCAUUUUAGAUGAUCAUUUUUCCAUUAGCUUGUACCAAGUGUAGUGGUAAUGAGUAGUGAUGUCCCGAACUGUUCGAUGAACGGUUCGCGAACAGUUCUCCACGGAUCGCCAGUCAGCAGACACAUUCCAGCCAAUCAGCAUCAGACCCUCCCUCCCAGACCCUCCUACCUCCUGGACCGCAUCCAUUUUGAAGCUGCCUUCUUAGUGAGCUGUCCAGGAGGAGGGAGGGUCUGCUGCUGAUUGGCUGGAAUGUGUCUGCUGACUAGAGUCCGCGGCGAACCGUUCGGCGAACAGUUCGGGACAUCACUAGUAAUGAGCAUUUUUUUAUGUAUUGUAAAUGUAACCCAUUUUCAAACUUUUUUUUACUUAUUAAAUGUUUUACACUUUCUUAACUUUUACACUUUUACAUUUUUCCUAAACUUUUUUUUUUUACCAUUAACCCCUAACUAGCAGUAAGCAGCACUAACAGUAAAUUCCCCCCUUUCCCAUAACUCCCACCCACUCCAGCUAGUAAAAUAUAUCAUUAUAAAAUAUUUAAAUUAAUUAAUUAAAUAAAUUGAACCCUUGAAGGUUAAAAAAAUAAAUAAAAGUUAAUCCUCAGGUAUUAAAAGAAAUUAGAUUACAGUAUAAUACUGUGGUCUGUAUUUUGAUCACUGUAGGCAGUGAUCAACAGGCAGGGAAGGGGUUAAUUUUUAUUUAGACUGGGUAAAGGGGGGUGGUAUUUUAUUUUUUUACUUAAACAUUUCUAAAACAUUUUUAAAAAAACUUUUUUUACCUUUUUAAAGCUUAUUUUAAAACUUUUUUUUAACAUUAACCCCUAGUUAGCCUAACACCAAAUUCCCCAAUUCCCCACUAACUUCCACCCAUCCCAGCUAGCUAAAUAUAUAAUUUUUUAAUAUUUAAAUUAAUUAAUAAAAUAAAUUUAACCCCUGAGGGUUAAAACUAAAAUAAUUAACCCUCAGGGUUUAAAAAAAUAAAUAAAAAAUCAUGUCAUUAAAAUGUAUACCCUGCCAAUUGAUCACUGUAGUCCGUGAUCAAUUUAGCAGGGAAGGGGUUAAUUUUAUUAAAGCAGGGGAAAGGAGAGGUGGAAUUUAACUUAUUUAACUAUUUAUUUUUUUAUUUUUUUACACAGGGUGAAGAGUAUCAUCACUUUUCCAUCUCCCUGCACUUCACAGUGAACCCGGAAGCGCAGGGAGGCGGAUCAUGAGUACCUGCAGAACAUGUACUCGCUCUGACAGCCUGUCAGAGCGAUCACUGCUGCAGGGACAGCGCGAUCCGGUGCUCCCGGUCUACCUCGGAUACCGAGACAGACCAGGUGAGCGUUAACCCCGCGAUCAUGGCAAUCUGGGGUUAACUUUAGUAAAUGACAAAUUUUCCGUCUGCGGUCGGGAAGGGGUUAACUGAUUCUUUAUUGCUGGAGUCUUCAAUAAAGAAGGUAAAGCAAAUAUUCGCCUCCUGUCUUUUUAAUAAAAUUUUGCUUAUUCCCUCACCGAGGCUAGAAUAAUCUCUAAUAAAUAGUUUAGUGCAUACACAUGAAUUCUUUUUACUGCUACAAACUUUGAUAUGUGUAUUACUAUAUUUAAUAUUGGGUAUAUUAUGUAUAUUUUUUCAAAUGUGUUCCUUUCUUUUUUUUCAGAAAGCAAAAAGGCUGCUGGACUUGAAUAUAACAUUAAUGAUAAACUUACCGAGGAUGGCUGUAUACACAUUCUUUCAUUGGGAUCAAAGGCGUUGAUGUUGCAAAUCUGGGCAAAUGUGAUCACGGGUCAUAUUAUGUUUAGGUAUUUUUUGUGUGUAAGCCCUUUAUAGAUGUUAACAGGGAUUAAUAAUAAAAAUGUAGACAAAUAUUAAUACAGUGUAGUAUAUAGCAUGAUUUGGCUAAUAUGCACCCACACGUAUAUCCCACAUAUAAUCAUAAAAUAACCAUUAUCACACUCAACACAAUGCAGAUAACUGAAAAUUAUAUAUUGCUGAACCCAGACCAUGUAGUCUUUUCUGACGGUGCUUGAGUUUUAUCUAUAUUGGCAUUACAGGGCACAAUUAAGUGGAUAUGGAGUAAUGCUCUAACAUAAUUUUGUUUUCCUAAUUAAUAAGUAUUCACUAAUAUUCCUCCUCCAUGCAGCAGAAAAGACCGGAAUUAGACCUCCGACACUAGUUUGACACACUUGUCAAACCGUGUAAUUUGACUGCAUACAGGCGUCAUGAUCAUCCGAGAGAUCUUCUCUGACACUUCGUAUUGGGGGUGGGGGGAUGUAGUAAGUUUUACUGCACUUGUUUUGCCAAUCUGAUUGAAACCUAGUCAUCUGGAUAAAAUUCUAUGUUUAGAGAACAUUCUAUGUUUAUGAUUUUUUACUGUGUUCAAUUGUGUUAUCUAUAUAUAAAAUAAAGUAUUCAUUAUUUAGAAUUUUUAUGCAGAGAACUUCCAGUUCCUAUUUUAAACUAAUACACACUUUAGGAAUAUAUCCAUCCAUCUAUCGUUCAAGUAGAGAUUGUAUCCGCAUUAGUCCAGUGAUGUAGAUGUAAAAAACAUACAAUUAAUAUCUUGUAAUACCUUUUUUAUUGGACGAGCAUAAUUUUUGAACGACAAGCUUUUGGGAAUACCUUACCUUUCUCAAGUCUAAAGCAUUUUUGAGCAAGACAGCGCAUAAGAUUCAAAGUUGAGUUCUGAUACAGGGGUUAAAGGGACUCUCUAGUGCCAGGAAAACAAUCCGUUUUCCUGGCACUGCAGGUCCCCUCUCCCUCCCACCUCACAAAAAAACCCUUAAGUCACUUAUCUGAGACCCCCGCCGGUGGUGGUUUUGGGUCGCUGCCACUCCUCUUCAUUACGUCGGCCGGUGGGCGAGACUGAUCCCGCCCGCCGGCCGCGGAGACCUAAUGUGUGUUCAUUAGAGCUAUCCAUAGAAAAGCAUUGAAAAUGCUUUUCAAUGCCUUCCUAUGGGGAAUUGAGUGACGCUGGAGGUCCUCACACAGAGUGAGGACAUCCAGCGAUGCUCUAGCACAGCAAGCUAUGGACCAGCAAGUGCCCUCUAGUGGCUGUCUAGUAGACAGCCACUAGAGGAGGAGUUAACCCUGCAAUAAUUACACUUAAGGGUAGUGGGAGUUGGCACCCAGACCACUCCAAUGAGCAGAAGUUGUCUGGGUGCCUGGAGUGUCCCUUUAAAGGACAUGAGUGCAGAUAAGACACAUGGUUAAUAAAGAACCAUUCUCACAGGGAGUCGUAAAUAACAUGGAGAGAAAAAAACUAAAAAAGUGCAGUAGAUGUGCUACAAGGGAAGAGUAAAAACAACCUAAUUACUUGUAUAAAGAAUGCAUGAAUUCCCAUCCAAGAGUUACAGGAUAUACAGUUACAAGAUUUGUUUGUGUAUAUGUGUGUGUAUGUGUAUAUGUAUGUAUAUAUAUAUAUAUAUAUAUAUAAAAUACACACACACACCCAACCGUGGAGGAGGAUUGGGACUUCCAGACAUGGCCACAUACCACAAAGCGAUCCACCUCUAGCACAUCCUGAAGUGGACAAAUGCUCCACCUGCUAAGCUGUGGAUAUACAUGGAAUCUAUUUUUAUAUAAACACCCUGUUCCAAAUUAUUAUGCAAAUUAUAUUUUUCUCAUUUACCUAAAUAAUUGAUGUAAAUAAGUCAGCAUAAUUCUCAGGUUAUCAACUAUUAAGAAUACAAUUCAAAUUUUAUUGAACAAACCUCCUAAUAAGUUUUUUUAAACCUAAAAAAACUUACAAUGCACUGUUCAAAAUUAUUACGCUCAGUAAGUUUCAAAACACUUUAUAGGUUAUAAAGAACUGAAAAUUUUAAUUUGUUGUGUUUGCAGCAUAUUUACUGAAAUCAAAAGCUAUUUCAAUCAAACUUAUAACAACAAUUUAACUGUUUAACCCCUUAAGGACUAAACUUCUGGAAUAAAAGGGAAUCAUGACAUGUCACACAUGUCAUGUGUCCUUAAGGGGUUAAAUAUUUUAACAGGUCACGUUACAUUUUAACAUAGGACCCCUUAUUUGAUAGCGGCUUCACAAGUAUUGCAUCCAUUGAACUUGUGAGUUUUUCAACAGUUUCUGCUUGAAUUUGUUUGCAAGAUGUCAGGAUAGCCACCCAGAGUUUGGAUGUAAACCCUCAUAGAUCUUUUGCUUGAGGAUGCUCCAAAGGUUCUCAUUAGGAUUGAGGUCAGGGGAGGAUGGAGGCCACACCAUGACUUUCUCUCCUUUUAUCCCCAUAGCAGCCAUUGAUGCAGAGGUAUGAGAUGGUGCAUUGUAAUGCAUGAAGAUGAUUUUAUUACGGAAAGCAUAGUUUUUCCUUCUGUGCCAGGGAAGAAAGUGGUCAGUCAAAAAUUCCACAUACUUUGCAGAGGUCAUCUUUACACCUGCGGGGACCCUAAAGGGGCAGACCAGCUCUCUUCCCAUGAUUCCGGCCCAAAACAUGACUCCACCACCGCCUUGCUGACGUCGCAGCCUUGUUGGAACAGUGUGGCCGUCCACCAACCAUCCACUGCUCCAUCCAUCUGGACCAUCCAGGGUUGCACAGCACUCAUCAGUGAACAGGACUGUUUGAAAAUUAGUCUUCAUGUAUUUUUCUGCCCAAUGCAGCCGUUUCUGCUUGUGAGCAUUGGUUAGUGGUGGCCGAAUAGAAGGUUUAUCCACAGUUGCAAGACUCUGGGGGCCUCUACAUCUUGAUGUCCGUGGGACUCCAGAGGCAGCUUCAAAUAUCUGUUUGCUGCUAUGUAAUGGUAUUUUAGCAGCUGCUCUCUUGAUCUAAUGCAUGGAUCUGGCAGAAAUCUUCCUCAAUGUGCCUUUAUCUGCAUGAACACGUCUGUGCUCUGAAUGAGCCACAAAUCUCUUAAUUGUGCAAUGAUCACGCUUAAGUUUUCGUGAAAUAUCUAAUGUUUUCAUUCCUCGUCCAAGGCAUUGAACUAUUUCACUCUUUUCGGCAGCAGAGAGAUAAUUUUUCUUCCCCAUAUUGCAUGAAAAUGGUGCUCUGCUUAAUAAUGUGGAACACCCUCCUUUAGUAGUUUUUCCUUAAACUGGGCUCACCUGGCAAUCUAAUUACCACAUGUGUUCGAGAUUGUUUUCAGUGAUCAAAAGAGCCCUGAGACACAAUGCCAUCCAUGAGUUAAACUGAAAAACACAAUAUUGAUUCCUUGUGACACUUAAAUAGAAUUUGCAUAAUAAUUUGUAACAGGGUGUGUGCAUAUAUAUAUAUAUCUCAAAAUCCAAUUGCUUUUCCCACAGAAAUCACAAAUCUGCAGUGACUACUGCAAAGGAUUCUGGGUGGGCAUAUGCAAAUUAGCUUAACAAUGAAUCACAUUUUUGCCUCAUUCCAUUUUAAACAUGGAUUCUUUUUAGUUUGUGUUUGCUGUAUACAACAGCAUGGAACACAACUUAGGAAAAGAUGCAAAGCCAGUAAACCACUCAUGGACAACUGUUUCGUUGUUAACAAGCCUUGCCCCGCCCUGCAAUUAGGCUAAGAACACUGAUUGGUUGGUUUAAUCAAAGUUCUUUGGAAUUUUCCCACACUGUUUUAAAUUGACAAAGAGCACUUUGAUUGGCUUAAACCAACCAAUCAAAAUACAAAAAAUGAUACUGAACUCAAAGACUUAGAAUAUAAUUCAUUACUUAAUUUAAUAAAUCAUUGAAUAAAUCAUUAUCUCAAAUGGACAUAAUUCAUUAGUUAAUAUAUGCUUUAAAGUCAAAAAAUUGAUAAUAUAUACACACUUAAAACAAUAUAGUUUAGUAGAACCAGUGCAUUAUGAGUCUACUAACAUAACUCAAUGUAACUAAAAAUCCCUGACAACAAAUUGAUGAAUCAUCAAGAAGUAUUAUAUUAUAUUGCUGUAUAUGAUAGUCCAAAAAAUACCAUCUAAAAAAGAAUGGUAAAUAAAAAAAUAAAUAAAAUAAAUAAAAUAAAAAAAAUUAUAAAAAGAAAAAAAAAAUCGUGAAAAAAAUGAAAAAAGGGAAAAAUAAGUAUAUACAGUCCCAGUGUGUACACACUACAAUAUAUGGGUGGAUCUCAGCACUUUCUAUAGAAGGAUAAGUCCUGUUUCUAAGUUAUCCAUGUUUCUUUGCUGUGUGAUAGUGAAUCCUUGUAGUUGUAGUAGAUCUUUUUUUCUUUCUCAAAGAUGUAGAAGUCCCACACUUAUUCUGGAAGUACCAAGUGUUAUCUUUUUAUUUUGCUUCUUGUCUGUUGGUCCAGAGUCUAAUAGGCGGGCUGCGCGCUCGGGAUCUUCACAAAUCCCUUCAAUGGCCCUGUCAGAGAAAAAGUAUAAUAAAGGCCCAUACUUAUAUACAGUUCGGCACGCCUGCUUGAAUAUGCAGGUCACGCCCAAAUGGCGUCAUGACGCUCGCAUCUGUAGGUCGCGUCUGUAUGAUGUCAUGGCGCACACGUCAGAUUGCUGCGCCAGACGUGUGCACCGUCCCACUUUGAGAACGUCCAUAUCACUGCGCAUGUGUGUGCGUUCCAAUACACAUGCGCAAUAUGUACCAAUACAAAUAUGUAGUCUUUUUGCCUUAAGCUGUAUGUAUGGGAUAAAAAAAGUUCCUCAUGUUUGUUUGCAUGGGGAAAAAAACAUCUAUGUACAUUUAAACAGAAAGUACUUAUAUACAUAUUUACAUGAAGUAUUCAUAUCAAUUAAUUACUAUGAUAGAACUCUACUAAUAAAGGGAUACUGAUCAUCCUUAUUUAAUGAGGGAUUAAAGUCAUUGAUAUAUUUAUGCUUGACUAAACUGAACCAGUAGAUUCUUUACCAAUAAAGGGAUACUGAUCAUCCUUAUUUAAUGAGGGAUUGAAGUUAUUGAUAUAUUUAUGCUUGACUAAACUGAACCAGUAGAGUAAGACUAAUGAUUAUCUUAGUACAAUGAGGGGUUAAGAUCAUUAGCAUGCUAAUAAAAGUAUGACUAAGAUUGAGGUUUCACAUUUAUAUUUAAAAGUUUAUCUGAAUAUUAAUUGUUGGUAUUCAUAAUAUGGAGCAGAAAGAACAUUACUCGAAGCAAUUUUUGUUACUCAAAAAAUUCUGUUAAGGAAUAUAAUCUUGGAGUAACUUAUAACUUAGUUGACAUAGUUAUGUUUCUAAUAAUAAAUGGCAAUAUUGUCCCCAUAGUCUGUAGUAUGUUCAUAAUGUAUUUCAAAUAUUUUUUAAAGUAUUUUUUUUUUUUAAUAUUUUUAAAGUCUUCCAUCAGAUAGAUACUGUCAAUAUUAUAUCAAAAAUGCCAUGACGGAAUCUGGGUAAUAAGAGGUUAUAUUAGUCCAAAAUAUAAUUGCAACAGAUAAUCAGCGGUAACCGUUCACCCAUUUAAACAUCAUAUUUUUUCAAAAUAAGCAUACUCACCAGCAGUGUAGUGUGUGAAAAGUGCCUGUGGUUUCCCACACGUUGGACCCCGUGAUUUCUUGGGUAACGGACCAAGAGUUGGUCAAUUUCUUUAAUGGCUCUUAAGGAGGGAAGGAAACAGGCAUGCCAUAUAGGGUCCCAAUGACUUACUGUGGAUGUAAAGUAAUAAAUUAGCCCAAAUAAAUGGACCCCAAAUAGUAUAUUCAAACACUGUUCUGAUAUUCUAAAUCAUUCUAUAAAAAAUGUUUGAGGUCAUAAUCCUCAUUCAAGUCAUCCGGAUGGAGUGUUUCCAAAAUACUAAUCCACUUUGUUUCCUUACAUAAGAGUGCUUUUUGUCUAUCUCCACCCCUCCGCAACGGUUUAACGCUAUCAAUUACUUGAAAACGUAAUUGGUUGACAUUAUGGCCUUGCUGUAGAAAAUGCCUCGGUACCGGUUUGUCACAUGUCCCUUUCUGAAUGGCAGCUCUUAUGUCCCUCUUAUGUUCUCCAAUGCGCUCUUUCACUGGCCUAAUUGUUUCCCCAACAUAGAGAAACCCACAGGGGCAUUUCAAGAUGUAAACCACAUAUUCUGAGUUGCAUGUAUAAUAAUCAAGUAUUUUAAAGUAUUUUAAUGCCUGAUCGUGGAUGUACAAAACACUUACCCCUGAUUACAUUGUUGCAAUUUAUACAAUUUAGGCACGGGAACGUGCCUUUCUUGGGUUCAAAGAAAAAUCGUCUCUGUUUCUUGUUACUACCAAUGUCCGAAUGCACUAAUUUGUCCCUAAGAUUCUAUGCUCGUUUAUACGAGAAUAGGGGAGGAUUCCUAAAUUCGUUUUGGCAAAUUAAGAUCGUCCUCUUAGAUGUUCCAAUGUUUCAUUAUAAUCUUUUUAAUAGCAUUGCUAUGAGGUGUAUAUGGUGAUAUAAAUGGGAUUCUUUGUGUAGUGUUCUUCUUACCAAUCGGGUUAAGCAUUUCUUCCUUGUCCAUAUCUGAAAUCCUGGUUCUGUGUCGUGUCACUAGUUCUAAUGGAUAACCCCUAUCAAUAAAUUUAUUGCACAUGAACUCCAUCCAUAAACCAACCAAUCCGUGUUCUUAGCCUAAUUGCAGGGUGGGGCAAAGCUUUAUAAGCCUACCCAGCCCUGCGGAGCUCAUUCUGCGCCGUGCCCUCGCCGGGUGAAGAUGGAUUAAUUUUUUUAGCGUCAGGGUUGUUUUUUUUUGCGCUCUGGUUUAUUUUAUUUUAAGUUCGACAGGUAUGAUGUUUUUUUAUUUGGCCUUUUUUGUGGCUGAAAAAUGAAGAUUUUAGAAUAUAGAAGACAUCAAAUAUUUUUCUUUUUCUUUACAGUUUAGUUAUUUUAUUCCCCCCUCACUAUUUUUAGGGUGAGGGGUAGUUUUUUAUUUGGGUAUUUGGGUGUGGUGGGGGGGUGACUAAGGGCUAAGGGACCCCUAGUCACCUUUGAAGGGUUUCAUUUAGGGCCCCCACCCGCCACUCAGGUGUGGAGGCCGAGGAGGAGGACAGUAUGUUCCCCCCACAUUCUUAUUUAGGGCCCCCACCCGCCACUUAGGGGUGGGGGCCCGGCGGGGAGGACAGUAGGUUCCCCCCACAUUCUUAUUUAGGGCCCCCACCCCCGGCUCAAGGGUUGGGGCCGGAGGGGAGGACAGUAGGGUCCCCACCUGCCACGUGGGGGCUGGGGAGAGGAUUGUAAUUCCCCCCCACAUUAUCCUUUAGGGCCCCCACCCGCUGCUACGGGUGGAGGGCAAUAGUUACCCCCCCCCCCUUCAUUAUCCUUUAGGGUACUGGCUGCUCACUGUUUACUAGACAUGCCCCUACUCGUGACAUAGCGAGUAGGGGCUGAAUUUACUAAUACUUAGUAUUAGUAAAUUUGACUGAAAGACCAAUUUAGGUCUUUCAGCCUUUUGGUAGAUAGCUCCCUAAUACCGUGGGAAUGAAUAAGAUCAAAGUUUCAUUCAUUCAAUUGAAAUUCCGAUACGAACAAAGUCCCGAAUUGCGUUCUAACACGAAUUGAGAAACUGUUCUCAUUCUGUUAGGACGCAAUUCAGUAGUUUUGCCGGCGUUCUGUCUAAGUGACAGGACGUUCGACAAUACUGACAGGAAGCAUCGCAGGAACAGGGAGGAAAGCUAAGGAUUGUAGGAAAAUUUCUCUGACCACCGGAAACGAAGUACACUUUGCUCUUCCGCUGGUUAUAGCUAUUCAGGCAUAGGAAACAUCCAUAAGAGAAAUAGUCCCUACUUUGUCUUAUGUUUUAAAGAAAACUAGAGAAGAUAAGAAGAAAUAAAGAACAGAUCCUGAGAGAGGGGGAAAAGAGGAAUAGAUUGGAGAAAGGUAAUUUCGGCAUGACAGCACCGCUUUAAGUACAAUAAUUUAAUGCAAGCUGUGACCUAACCCUCCAUGCAGUACAGGUUUUAAAAAUAUGAUCUGCCUUCUUAAGUCCAGGCAAUCCAGAUAUUUUAUUAAGGUACUUAAAAUAAUAUUUGAUUAUAGUUUUGUAAUUUUUACUUUUUUUUUCUAGAGUUUGUGCUGAUGCAAAUGAUGAAGCUAAAAGUGGCGUGCUAGCACAGGCUGAAACACAUGAAAAUAUUUUCCUUCCUGGAAAUUGGCAACAUUUGGCUUUCACUUACCAAGAGCAAUCUGAAAGUAAAAAAAAAGCCUGCAGCAAAAUAACCAUGUGGGUCUCAGGUCAAAGGUAAGCGUGUUUUGUUAAGUAGAAUACAUGAGAAUAUAGAAAUGCUUGAAUGUUGACUAAUGUGGACUAAAUCAGCAUUAAGUUAUACUUGAUUCGUAGCAGGAAAGUGGAACAGAUAUUUAUUUAUUUUUUUCUAGCCAAAAGAAUUUAUGAAUAUAUAUGAAUUUUAUUUAAAAUGUGUAUCUAUAUUUACAGUUUGAAAAAAAUAAAAUAACAUAAUGCUGAAAAAUCAUUGAUAUUUUAAUACCUAUUUCAGCUUUUAGUAUGCAUUUUAAAGGUCUUACAUGUGAAUCAUAAUCCUCCUAAAGACCCAGAAUAAGUUGUGGAGACCAUCAUUAGCAGUGAAGCAUUUUGUCCUAUUCUUUAAACAUGAAAUGUUUUAGGUGUUAUUGGAUAUAUCAAAAUUAAACCCAUUCAACAGCACUAAUCCAAACUGAAUUAUACCUAUACACCCACAAUAACUAUAUGUCAUCAACUAGAAUUGUCACCGAGAGGAUAUUUGGGCUAUAAAAUAACCGGUUAAGUGUCAAAUUGUAUUGGUGGAUCCUUAACAUUAUGACCUGGAUAUGGUGUGUGUAAUUAUCAUGUGUUGCAUUCUUUUUUUUUAUUACAUUUUAAUUAGUCAUUUUUAUUAAUGUCCUUGCAAGUGAAAAUACAAAACCAACAUAAAUUACACAUGAAAAUACAAUUAAAUACAUGAAAAUUAUUAAAUUCCAUAAAGGCAAUAACAGUUGCAAUAAUAGGUAUGAAUGUGCCUAUUCGUGGGAUGACAUAGAACACAGUUUGUGCAUGCAACACAAAAACUGCAAACGAGUAUAAUACGGGCAAGGUUUAUACCAUAGAUCAGGCGAGUCCUUGAGGCUUUAUAUAUGGCUAGUGGAAAUUCAUAGUCGUAGGUAGCUGUAGAAAAAGGCGUAUUUGGGGUCUUGGGUAUGUCCAGCUUCAGUCCUCCCUUUAUCAGUACCAUGUACUGCCAUGAAAGGUAUGCUCUGGUAUAGUAUAAAAUGAAAUCUGAUAUGAUUUGAAAGAGGAGAGGGUGAGAGCUGAUAAAAAAGCUGAUAAGGUUGCGGCAGGUCCUCGCAGGGUACCUUUGCCAUGGCUGCCAAGGAGCCCUAGGGUGUCCCCCUUUACUGGAAACCAUGUCUGGACACCUUUUUUUGUUCUACCUGUCCCCAUAACAUUUCCUCUAUCACUUUGAUCUCCUUGACUCUAGCGAUUCAGUCUCUAAUUGUAGGUAUUGUGCGUUGUCUUCAGAAGCAUGGAAUCGGGCUACGGGUGGCAUUUAUCAGGUGAGGGAUUACAUAGUUUUUGUAGAUUGUCAGUAGUAUACAUGACAGAUGAACUAAGCAGAGAACCGGUGAAGAGGAUAGUUAUGUGUCAGUGAGUGAGAUGAGGAUGUGAUGUACUGCCUUCCAGAAGGGCAGUAUGAUUGGACACGACCACCGUAUGGGAAAGCAUUCUAGGUCAAAUCCGGAUAUAGCUAUAGCAAGUUUCUCCAGUGUUUUAUACCAGUGGGAUAAUAUUUUAUAUCUGGAUUCCUCGUAUUUGGUGUUGAUGGGGGAUUUGUGUGUGAGGAUGAACGUCUCCAUCUAUUGUUCUUCAGUCAUGGUAUGUCCCUGUAGCGGAGAGGUAGUAUCAUCCACAAUAUCUCCGCUGGUAACAGGAACAGCUUACAAUAAUCCAGGCAAAAUAAGUACAGCAUACAAUAAUCGCGGUAGCGUUAAAUUCUUCCUUCCCAAGAACUAGACGACACAUAGGCUGGGAGUCAACUCAUAGUGUCUGUCUUCCAUCCCCAGUGAUGGUGACUACCGUCACAGUCCCAUAUCUCAUUGCCAGUAUCUGGUGAAAUAUGUGAGGGAAUGGUCUUCCUAUGGGACGAUUAAUGUUCAAUAUAGGACUAAGAUAGCAUGUGGCAGAGGGGCUGAUGCCAUGCUUAACUCUUGGUAGGUAUGGCAUCAGUUGUCUGUUCGCGGUCUGCAGGUUCAGAAUGCGUGUAGUAAGUGUACUAGCUGUAUUGGUGUACUAGCUGUAUUGGUAUCGGAAUAUGAGUAGCAGAGUAAGUAGCUUGGUAGGUGUCAGUACAGUCAGGGGCAGAAUGGUCCCAUGUCCCUCAGACGACAUGGGGAAGGCAAGUCCACGGAGAAUGUGAAUCGUGGGGGAAUAGCCAGAGGAAAAGAAUGGUUAGUUUAUAUCGGGCAUAUUGGAAAGACAGUGGGUGCAAUUCCUCGUUAACUAACCAUUUUUCUCCACACUGCCAAUGUGGACAAAAUGGUCGGGUGUAUGUCUUGUGGGUUGCUUUGCAAAGUCAGGGGAAACCAUGACUGUAGACUCAGAGGGGUCUCUCAGAGACCGCUAUUCCAUGUAUAUCCUAAGCUUAGCAUGUGGAGCAUUUGUCCACUUCAGGAUGUGCUAGAGGUGGAUCGCUUUGUGGUAUGUGGCCAUGUCUGGAAGUCCCAAUCCUCCUAAGUGCUUUUUGGUCUGGAAGGUGAUGCCUAAUAGAGGACACGGUUGGGUAAAGAACAUCUAAUGGAGAUGAAGUCUGGAGGAGGGUAGGGAAGGCAAGGGAGGAUGUUCACCUUUAAGACACUUACCCUCUCACCCUCUCAAGUCAUGUUAUAUGAGGAAGUUGCCAGGAGUGUUUCUUCACCUUAUUAAUCAAAGAUGGGAAGUUGAUGUCAGAGAGGAAUGCAGGAAUCAUAACCCCAAGAUAUGUUCUAGCCUCUGUACACCAUUGAAACAGUAACAUGGUCUUGAGCACAGGGUCUGGUCGCAUCCUACGCUGAGAAUCUCAGAUUUGGUGAAAUUGAUCUUGAGGUUGGAGAGCAUGCUAAAGUGGUCGAAUUCCUUCAUGAUGGCCAUCAGUGAGGUUUUGGGAUUAGAUAACUGUUAUCCCAGGGUUGUUGUGAACAGAGUUCAGGAAAGGUUUGAGGCUGAGAUCCUGCCGGGUUACGUUUCGAAUCCUGAACGGGUGUGAUAAUAUGCUAUUAACGUGUACCUGUGCAGAAGGCUCAGAGUACAGGAAUUUCACCAAGGCCAGCAUAUGAGGUCUGAAACCUAAGCCGUGAAGCGUGUCUAUUGCCUUUUCAGCAUCUGUAGAGACCAGGAGGUUAGAGAAAUGUGUAUUCUGGGCCACAUAAGUCAGGUUAAUGACUUUGGUGGUGUCUCUGGCCUCUCUCCCAUUAACUAACCCCACCUGGUCAGGGUGUAGUAGGGCUGGUAGAAGUUGUUGGAUGUAGAGAGGAAGGACCUUCGCAAACAGUUUAAGGUUGGCAUUUAGCAGUGAAAUAGGUCUGUAGCUUGGGCAUACAGAGGGGUCUUUUCCCUCUUUGGGAAUUACUACUGUAUGCACCGAUAGUGUAGCAGGGUCUACAUGACAUGCCUGCAUGGCAUUAAACAUGCGCAGUAAAUGCAGAGACAAGACGUUGAAGAAGAUUUUGUAAUAUUUGAUCGUUGGGUCAUCCGGGCCUGGGCUUUUUAUUUUUUAGUUAAUUUCAGUGAUAGGGAAAGUUCAUCAAGGGAGAUCGGCAGCAUCCAAAACAGACGAUAGCUUGUGUUUGACCUAGUCGGAUUGGAGGGUUGCUAGUUCUGACAUUUGUUACCCUCCGUCCAGGGUGGAGGGAGAGAGGUUGUACACAUAGUAUUUUUUAAGGUUUUUUUUUUUUUUUUUAAACCUUCUGCAAUGUCAGUAGGUGUUUUAUGGAUCCGGCUUCCAUAGGCAGCCUUGGGGACAGUAGACUUUUUGUCUAUUUUGUCGUAGAGUUUUGGCAAGUAUCUUCCUGCUUUUAUUGUUGAAUUCUGUGAUGAGACCAAUCUUGCCACAUUGCAUUGGAGAAGCCUGGUUGCUCGCCUGUUGCCUUUGGAUUAUGGCCCCAUGUUAAAAGACUUCUUUUCCCCUGCAGAAAAGGCUUAUUCGUGCCUUUCUGCCUGGCGGUCGGUAGAUUCAAUCUACCGAACUAACGCACGAAUGACUGGACCACCUGGGAGCUGGAGUGUGUCGGCAAUUAACCUCCCAGAAGCUGCGAUUAACCGCAGCUUAAUUGACGAAUGCUAGGUGGCCGCCAUUCGUAUACCGAACACGAGGUCGCGGCCAUUUUAAAAACGCGAACGCUCAGCGGUGUUCGACACCCAACUCAUGGAACUGAAAACGGAUACAUUUUGGCGCGAACACCGCUGAAGCCGCCGACCUCCCUUCUUGUUCGGUAGAUGUGCACGAACGGCCCUAUAUUCGGUAGUUGUACCCGAAUACACCAUACCCCAGAUAGGAAUCCCGUGGAGCUCAUUCGUAUGAAAACUGACUUUGUGAACACUUUGGCUCCACGGCGAUUGGACUGUGUGCAUAGGAUCUGAGCGCUAUUCGGUACUUUGGUGCGCUCAGAUCUUAGUUAUCUGGGGAAAUGUUGAAUGCCUGUAAAAUGUUGUAAAAUAUAAGUUAUGUAUUUUUUUUUUGUUAUUGUCAUCUAAAAUGGCGUUUAGGCUCUGUCCUAGGAGAUAAUUGAAUUACUUCACAAUUAUCUCCCUGAGCAGAGCAGAGGUUUCUGGGUAAGAAAAGGGGGAUGGCUAAGUGUGUACCCUGUGAUUGGUUGCUACAAUGUCUUUGUCACAGUCUUCCAUCUGGUUCCCUAGGGGAGUGUCCACCAGGUGGGAGACCUGCAUAAAUACUGGGCAGGUAGCCCUCAUUAAACAGACCACUGCUUGACACUCAACACGGAGCUCUGUCUCGUUCUUGGUGGGAUUUACUGUAUGCUGAUAGAGACUGAUUGCUAGGAGUGUAAGCCGCUUGGGUGUUUUUCCUAUUCGGGAGUUUGGAGUGCUAUUUUGUAUGCAGUUCAGGAGUUUGGAGCAUUCCCUUAUAUGCGGUUCGGGAGUUUUGUGUUCUGCAGUAGCUGUGCCUGUAUCUCUGGAAGGGGAAGAUCUCCUAAACAGCGGUUUAACCCUUUUAUGCCUGGGGGUGCCGUUACAAAUUCAUAUAAGGAUUUCUUAGCCUUUUGGAAGUUAGUUUAAAGUUGAGCUUGGCACGUGCAGCAGCUAAUUUGAGGUAUGAGGCAUCAUCUAAGGAGUUUUUGUGCUAGGUUUUGAGUUGGGAAAUCUAUCAGGAUCUCACCAUUUAAUCUUGGCAUUCCUCCAUGUUGUUUUCGGCAUGAUCGACAAUACCCUUGUCACUUCCGGGUUUCGCCGAUCAGUCUCCGCCCAUACGUUUAAUGUCACACGCUUUCCUUCAAAAGGAAGCCGCAUUCACGUCUAAAUUGCUCAAUCGAUUUUGUGUUGAGUUGUGCUGUCAUGUGUAUUACUCUACAUAUGUUUCCAAUUGUUGUGCUUCUUGACUACCUACUUUGCCGACGGAGUGUUCAUCACUCAUUAGCAAAAUAAGUUCUCCCAGUCUGGGAUCUAUUAUCGGUUCUUACCUCCUUACCUGUUUUUUGUUUGUUUUUUUAUCUGAAAGUAGGAGAUGUUUUUGAGUGUAUAACAGAGCUCCACAGCAAUAAUACUUCCAGUACUGUGUCUUUAACUGCAUUAAAUGUGUUUAGAAAUUAGACUGUGUAAAUAAGAUGAAUUGGGUUUUUAGUGAUGCGCGAUGACAUAGCACGUUUGCAUGCCACACGCGCGUUCUGAGGUAGGGGCGGACAGAUACCUCGGUGGGGAUGAAAAGCUGCUAACCAAUGCUGAAUUCGCGCUGACUCGCAGGAUGCCAAUGGUGGAGGGUCCUGGAGGAAGGAGAGCGAGUUCAGACUGCAGCUGACUAGGCACAAAGACUGAGGUUGCAGUGGUCUCUAAGAGGUGAAGGAGGGGAGAAUAGCCCAGACUCCUCCCGGAGAUCUUUAAUUGGAAAGGAGAAAAAUAAAGCACAGAGUAAAAUAAGCUGGUCACAGAUAAGCUAAAGCUAAGAGGUCUACAAUCAAGCUAAGUAAACCAUCUCUUUUAAACACAUCUCAAUUACCAUGUUCCUUGCUCAUGUAUAUGUAGAAAAUAACAUAUUAAUCAAAAGGAACAAAAAGAGAAAAAGAAAAGGAUUGUCUUUGUCGUAUUGAAAACGGAAAAAAAGAGAGGGAAGUAACAAAGGAUAAGUGGAAAGGAAGAGAGAAAAAAGAAGAAAAAAAAGAGGAAAAGGGGAAUAGAAAGAGGAAGAAAAAGAGGAAAAGAAGAGAAGAGAAAGGGGGAGACAAAGUUAUAUCAUAACUUUGUGUUAAGAUAAUUCUAUUAUUAAAGCGCUUCUUAAUCUGAUAAUAAGCACUAUACUACUAAUAGCAAAUAAAAUUGAAUACUCACCUCUCUACCCAGCCUAUUUAAAAAAAAAAAAAAAAAAAAAAAAAAAAGUUGACUAAUAUAUCAUAUACAGAUACUAUUAGCAACUGCUGGGUUAAUACCCUCACUAUCUCUCAACUUUGUUUACUCUAUACUGCGAAAUACUGGUUGUUUGUUUGAUUCUGUUGUUUUCAGGGUUUUUUUUCGCCUCCGUUUGUCCUUUUUUUUUUUUUCAAGGAAUUAAACGUGUUUACGACUUUUUGAAUACAGAAUUAGUAUAUAUAAAAGUAUAUAAAAAAUUAGCUACUUAAGCUAUCUUUAAAGCACUAUUCAUACAUUUACGAAAUUCUUCUUUAAGAUAGGAAUGAUUUACUUAAUUCUAACAAAAUAGCACAGUUCACUUUUAGUUUUAAGUAUCUAUGCGCAUACUAAUGCGCUUUAACAAUAUAAACACACAUAUUUUUUUUUCCCUUUACUAUCAAGAAUGCACAAUCUAAAUAAUAAGAUGCACCUCUCUGAACUAGUGUUUACACACAAAAUUAGCUAGUUAAUAAAUCACUAUUGAUAUAGCUAUAAAAUUCUUCUCUAAGAUAGGAACAAUUUAUCUAACACUAAAAGUAUGGCACAAUUCACACAUAGAGAGCGUCAGGUACCUAUACACAUAUUUAUGUGGUAUAAUUAAUAAGAUGCACUAUGAAUAAUUUGUUUUUGCACAAGUUUAAUUAUUAUUACACUAUUCAUAUAGUAAUUUAUAGAAUUAUGAUUACACUAUUCAUAUAGUAAUUUCAUAUAGGAGUUUAGUAUGUAUACAUCUGCAUGAGUGUUUAUAUAUCUGUUACUACUAAAGCACACAUUUUACAUUCAUAAAAUAUUUCUACAGUUAUUAAACUCCUAUUUAAGAUAGGAGAAAUGUAACUAAUUCUAACUAAAUAGUACAGAUCAUAUGCAGAGAGGUUUAUGUAUUUAUGCACAUAUGUACAAAACGUGUAGAUAUAUACAUAUUACGUUAGCAAUAUUUGUUUUUUUAUUUAUUUACUAUAUUUUUUUUUAGAUUCAAAGUUUUUAUUUUCGUAAGUUCAAUAGAUCAGUGGGGUACAGAAAGGAAAAAAGGGGGAGGGGCAUGCGCAGUAUCGCGUAAUAAUACAGUACAAUACAAUGCAGUACAGCGUGUUACAAUACAGUGUGUUACAGUACAAACGGGCGCAGUUAAUUGUAGGCGUCAGUGGCAGUUCUAAUCAAGAACAAAACCUCAGUGGCACAAUGAUAGUAUGGUGAUGUUCCGGGUAUAGGGGACAUUCCCUGCAAGGCUCAGUAUUACCGCCACGGCUGCGAUAUGGUGCAUGCUAAUAGUAAUGCAACGUUGUAAGUAUAAUGAGGCUUGUUGUCUGGUUGGGUAGGUUGGCUCAUCAGGUGUGAGGGGUAUCGCAUAGUGGUACAGUACAAUACAGGGUAGCACAAUGCACCACAAUGUAGUGCAAUGUGUUACAAUACAGUGCGUUACAGCCCAUACGGGCACCGCCAGGUCCAUGCAGCAUUGGCAUCUCUGAUUAGAAACAGAACCUUAAUUUCACGUUGUUAGAGUAGUGAUGUUACAGUUAAUGGAGCCACUAUGAGCAAAGGUCAAUACUAUUUCGGUGGAUGCAUUAUGACGCAUGCUAACAUUAAUGCAACGUUAUUGAGAUGAUGAGGCUUGCUAUCUGGUUGGAUAAUUUGGCUGAUCGGGUGCGAGGAGUAUCUCCCAGUGAUAUGAUACAUUACAAUACAGUACAACGUAAUACAAUGCAGAACAAUAUUUUACAAUACAGCGUGUUACAUUACAUGCGGGCACAGCCAGGUCUAUGCCUCGUAGGCAUUUCCAAUCAGAAACGUAACCAUAGUGUCACACUGGUGAGAUAGAGUUGUUGCAAGAAAUGGUGGCAUUCUGAUCAAAGAGCAGAGCCAGAGCAGCGGAUACGCUGUGCCACAUACAAUGGUAAUGCAGCGUUGUAAAUGCAGUGUGACUCGUUGUCUGGGUAGGUAGUUUGCGUAUAUGGCUUGGUGUUUAUCUCUGUCUGUGCUAGUACCGUCUGGUUCCCUGGUGAUCGUGUUGCCUAGCUUGAACGGUUUGUGUCAGCUAUGCUGUCGUAAAAUUCGACAGGCGUAGGGUUUAUUUAGUGUUUGACUGUUCUUCCCAAAGGUCUGUCCAUGAUGCCCAGGAGGCCUGAAAGGCCUUUUUUUUUUGAGGCAGUGUUUGUGGACAUAUAUUCGUAGGUGUAGUAUUGGUGUAUUUUGGUUAGGAGUUGGGAUUUGGAGGGGCAUUGGGUGUGUUUCCACUGGGUUGCGAUGAGGUUUCUCACUGCUAGGGCAGUGAGAGCCAUUUUGCAUUUGUUAUGCUUUGGGGUUAGUUUCGGGUAUAGGAGGAACAGUCCCGUGUGUAUGUCCAAGGGGGGUGUCUGGAUGCCCAUGGAUUUUAGGACAGUUUGUGCCACCUUCCAUAUGGGUCUGAUUCGUGGGCAUGUCCACCAUAUGUGCAUCAUCGUGCCCGUCGCCUCGCCACAUCUCCAGCAGAGGGGCGACACAGUUUUGUACAUUGUGUGUAAUUUUUGGGGUGUUAAAUACCACCUGUAGACCAGUUUUUUGUGGGCUUCAACGUGGGAGUAACACCGUGUGAGACCUUUCAGAGCGUGGGGGGAGGCAAGUAUUUCUUCGUUAGUGAGCAUCAUUCCAUCGUCUGCAAGCCACUGGGUGACGUAAGCAGGGACAUGCGGUGGCGUCAGUUUUAAGAGUGUGUGGUAACAUAGCGCAAGGGUUUUGUUUUUAGUUGGGGUUUGCCAGCAUCUGUCGUAUAGCAGGUCCAUUACUUUGGAUCUUGGAUUGUCAAUUGUUGACGUGUGUGCCACAUGCGAUGGAAUCACGCUUUGGAGUUGCAUAUAGGGGAAGACUGAGGAAUUGGUUAACUGGAACUCCCUCUGUAGGUCUGGGAAUGGUCUGAUAGUGUCAUUUUGUAAGAUCUGGUCUAAUGAGGUGAUGCCUACUUUUGCCCAGGACCUCAUCGAGAGCCAGGGUGAUAUCGCCUUCAAGGCUGUUAAAGGCGUGCGUGGGUGGAAUUUGUGCGUGGUGUUCUGUUUGUGUCGCAGCUGGUCCCAGUGAUAAAUGGUUAGCGAUGUGGUCGGGAACAGAUUCCCAAUCUUAGGGCGGAACGGUUUGGGGGUCCAUAAGAAUUCUUUUAGGGGUGUUGAGCCUGUUUGGGUGGCUUCCAUAUCUACCCAUUGGAGUGUGCCUUUGGGUACGUGUAAUUUAACCGCGGUUUCUAAGAUCGCCGCUUUAUAAUAAUUGUGUAGGUCUGGCAGUCCUACUCCACCUUCCGCAGUGCGUUGGUGUAGUAGACGGUGAGCCAGUCUGGGUUUGCGGGAUUCCCAUAUGUAUGAGGAUAGGGUCUGUUGGAGUGUUUUAAAGAAUGCGAGUGGUGCUCUUAUCUGCAAGAGGCGGAAUAUGUAGAGCAGUUUCGGGAGCAGGGUCAUUUUAAUAGUAUUUAUUCUGCCUAGCCAUGACAGUUUUACAGGCUUCCAUUGGAGGCAGGUCGACUUACAAAGAGGGAGCAGUGGUUUGUAGUUGUAGUGGAACGUGUCAUUCAUUGUGGGCGCUAUCUUGACCCCUAGGUAGGUGAUAUAGUCUUUUCUCCAGUCAAAGUUAUAUGUCUGGGUAAGGUCUUGGGUCUCAGAGCGUGGUAGACCUAUAGGCAAGGCUUGGGUCUUGGUUUGAUUCAUCUUGUAGUAUGUUAGUGUGCCAUAUGUGUCUAGUAACUGUAUCAGCGUUGGCAGGGAUGUUGGUACAUCGCUUAACGUCAGGAGGAUAUCGUCCGCAAACAUGGAAAGCUUGUAUUCGGUGGCACCGAUGGACAUUCCUCUAAUAUUUGGAUGAUGUUUAAUGAUGUGUGCUAGGGGCUCUAAGGAGAGGACGAAUAACAGGGGAGAAAGGGGGCAGCCUUGCCUGGUCCCAUUAGUAAUAGCAAAUGGCGUAGAGAUGAACCCGGCAUUCGCUACCUGUGCCGUGGGGUUGUUGUACAGAGCCGUUAUGCCUGAGAUGAGGUGAGGGGUAAAGCCGAACGAUUGCAGGACGUGUCGCAUGUAAUCCCAGUUGAGUCUGUCAAAGGCCUUCUCGGCAUCCAGUGCCAGGAGAAGACCCCUAGUGUGGUGAGUGUUUGCAUGUGCAAGAAUAUUAAAAAUUUUCCUAGUGUUGUCCGAGCCCUGUCUCGUUUUUACAAAGCCAGAUUGGUCAUUAUGAGUGAGCUUGGGGAGGAUUUCGGAUAGUCUGUUCGCUAUUAAUUUGGCAUAGAGUUUGGUGUCUGCAUUGAGUAGGGAAAUGGGCCGAAAAUUAGGGCAGUGUGUGGGCGCUUUUCCCGGUUUCGGAAGCGUAGAUAUGUGGGCUUUCAGCAUCUCGGGGGGCAGAAAUCCCUCAGAGAAGCAGUAGUUGAAGAGUGCAGUCAUAUGUGGGGAGAGGAUCUGUGCAAAGGAUUGAUAAUAGAGAUUGGAAUAUCCGUCUGGGCCUGGUGCUUUAUGCUUGGGCAGUUGUGCGAUAGUUUUUGCUAAUUCUUGUGUGGUAAAUGGUGCAGAUAGGGCACUGAUGUCUUCAGGAGUGAGUGUGGGUAGGUUCGCCGCAGCCAAAAAGGCCUGAAGAGCAGGUGGUUGGGGUGGGGUGGUCCCGGGGUCUUCUUUAAGAUUGUAAAGGGUGCUAUAGUAUGAGGCAAAUGCCUCCACUAUAUCCUGUGGGUUGGUAAGUUUUUGCUUCGAGCUCGUGCAUAAGUAGGCUAUCCUGGAAUUUGCAGCCCGUGUUUUGAGUUGCGCUGCCAGGAGUGCCCCUGCUUUGUUGCCGUGCAUAAAAAAGUUAUGUUUGUAUCGUCUAAGCAUAAAGGUCGUUCUUCGCAAUUCUAAGUCUCGGAGUUUGGUUUGUAGCGUUAGUAUUCGGCGUUGUAGGGUUUGUGUUGGGGCCGUUUUAUUAUCGUGGGUAAGUUUUGUUAAUUCCGAGAUGAGGGUAGUAUAUUCCUUAAGUCGUUCUUUUUUAGCAUAGCUACCUGCUCUAAUGAGCUGGCCCCUAAUGACUGCCUUAUGUGCCUGCCAUACAGUGGACAUGUCCACGUCGGGGGUCAUGUUUAUUUGGAAAUAGGAGAUUAGCUCCUCUUUUAUUUGUUCGUUGACUUUGGGGUCUGUUAGGAGAUAGUCGUUCAACCUCCAUGACCCCUUGCCCGUAGAGGGGAAGUGUUUCUCGAUAGAAAUUGUGAUAGGCGCAUGGUCCGACCAAGUGAUCAGGCCUAUUUGGGCCGAUAGGACUUUGUGCAUCGCUGAGGCUGGAAGGAGAAAUCUGUCUAUUCUGGUAUAUGUAUUGUGCGCCGAGGAGUGGAAGGUAUAGUCCCGUUCUAAUGGGUGUAGGAUUCUCCAGGGGUCUAGAAGGUUGUUUUGCAGUAUUUGGGUACAGAGUGCUGACGUGGUUUUAUUUUGUUUGCGAGUUGUCGCAGGAGUACGUUUGUAGGUCGAGGUUGUAUCUAAUGUACAGUCUAAAAGGAAAUUGGUGUCUCCUCCCAUGAUGAGGUCCCCAAAGUGAUAUCUGUUGGUUAACGCAAGAAUGUUAUCUAAGAAUUCUGUUUGGUUCGUGUGUGGGCCAUAAAAAUUAAGGAGGGUAUAAGGCUCAUUGUUAAGGUAGCAUUGUAGUAAGAGGAAUCUCCCAUGUUUAUCUCCCACUUUUUUAACUAAUGAGAAUGCCACUGUUUUGCUGAUAAGGAUAGAAACGCCUCUUUUCUUUUUUUUGUAGCAGGAAUGGUAGUCGUGGGGGAAUGUUGCGGAACAGAAUUUGGGGCGGUUGCCCCAUUUAAAGUGGGUUUCUUUGUAGAAUGCGAUGUGGGAUUUGAGUUUUUUCGCUUCGUCUAAGGCUAAUCUCCUCUUGUGCGGGGAGUUAAGCCCCUUGGUGUUAAGAGACAAUAUCGUGAGUGUCAUUUAUGGUGAUGAGGCCAGGUAGCUGUGUGUGGUGUGGAAUGACCUUGUGUGAAUGUCACAUUCUGCCAGUUUGCGUCUGUCUUCGCAGAUCCCUGUGUUCUAUGAGGGGUUGCCUUAGGAAGUGGCCCUAUAUUCGGUUGUCUGGUUGUAACACUGAAGUCAUAUGCGCUCAUCCUGUGAGCUGUACGUGGUAGUGCGAGAAUUGUGCUGUUGGGUAAUUGGGAGAUCGGGGGUGGGUAGUAGGUGAGCUGGGUACGGGGGGGUAACUGGGAGUAUAUACAAAUAUCCGUCUCGGCGAGAGCCUUGUGUUUGCAGAUGGGAAUAACACGGCUCCCUUGAGCCCGGGGGGGGGGUUGACAAGUAUAGGGAUGGUCGACCCUCCGUGUCAGGGGAGAUUCGGGUUUGCCCAUGGUCUUAGGUUGCCUAAAACCCUGGCGUGGCUGUGAUGAGCGUCCUCUAAGGGUGUCUCACAUAUAUUUACCCAUUGUCCUCUAUAGUGUUAAAAUUUUUUUUUUUUUUUUUUUUGCUUGUGGUGUGAGGCAACAUAUUCUCCUGCCACGUUUCGCUCAGUGGGGUCGGGACUACAGGGGCUCAAUCCUUAGUUUGGUCACCCAUGUAAGCCUGUCGGCAGCCUCACUGACGUCGCCACGGUGACCGGAGCCCCGGCACCGCGGCAAGGUCCAGCAGGCGGGUGGGAGUGACACAAAGUGGGCCAUGGUUAUAUACAUAUAGUGAAUAAACGGUUGUGAAACAGUAAAUAUAAACUCAAAGGGUAUAACUGUGUAAAGUUCACAAUAAUGAGGAAGUUGGGCUAUUUUGCCCGGUAUCAGAGAAAUAGGUGAAGGCUGUGCCAAUGUCACUUAUCUGCAGCGACUGUAUUCCAGUCGUUCUGGAGUCUCUGCGGGGGUCUGCGUUGUUCUUUGCUCGUCUCCUGAGUGCGUUGGUGCGGUAGAGCAAUGCCCCAUUCAGCCAGGAUCUUUUUGCCGUCGGCUUCGUUAGUGAUGUGCCGGUCUGUUCCGUUCCGUCUUAUAAUCAGCCGAGCCGGAAAGCCCCAUCUGUAGAGCACAUUUGCUUCGCGCAAGGCUCUCGUUAUCAGGGAGAAUUCUUUCCUUUUCUGGAGGGUGGAUGCAGAGAGGUCGAUGUAUAACUGGACUCCCUUGAAUUUAUCCGGUAGGGCUUGCGCACGUCUGGAAGCUCUCAUGAUCCUCUCUUUGGUGGUAUAGUAGUGCAGUUUGGCUAUUGCAUCUCUUGGUGUUGAUGCUGGCAGGGCCUUCGGUUUCAGCAGCCUGUGAAUACGAUCAAUGAGGAAGUCGGACUGUGGGAGAUCAGGGACCAGAUGUUGAAAGAGGCUUGUGGCGUAGGCCUGGAGUUCUUGGGGGGGGGACCUCCUCUGGUAUGCCGCGGAGGCGGAUGUUACUGCGCUGGUCCCUAUCCUCAUGGUCGGCGACUUUUUCCAUCAGACGGCUCAGUUGCUCUUGUAUGUCUGUAUAGGCAUCCGCCAGAGUGUUGUGAGCGGAGAUAAUUUCUUCUGCUUUCUCCUCUAGGUGCGAUGUUCUAUCUCCAAGCGCCUGGAUGUCCAUCCUUAUGUCUCUCGCCAUUUUGGUGAGGUCGGCUUGCAGGGAGGUCUGCAUGGCCUGUAGCAUCUUGUGGACCGAGAGGUCCGUAGCUGGGGCCAUCGUCGGUUCAGAGACUGAGGUGAUGUCGCUGGCGUCAGAGUAGGCCGCUGGCGAGCGCAGCGAAUCGGCGCCAUCUUGGGCCUGCGAGCGCGGCGUCGAAAGCAUUUGUAUUUGCAGCAGGGAUUGUUUCUGCUUCGGUUUUUUGGCAGAUUUGGAUGCCAUGCUUUGAGGGUACCUGUAGUAGGUUCUGUCGUUGGGUAUGGGCAGAUUAAGCUGUUCUAAUAGCUGUGGAGGGUCAGUUUAUGGAGGAGCUAACAGCUCAUGCGACCGUCCGGUUGAGCUGUCAGGCCACGCCCCAUAUUUACUAUAUUUUUAUUUCUCUCUAUCUUUGAGUAUAUAGUAUAUCUAAUUCCAGCGUGGUAUCUAUCAAUGUUCCGCCCCAUACUUUGCAUCUUCAAAUGAGAUGCUCUUUUCAUAAUGGGUUUCCAUUACGGAUAUCGAACUAAGGUCUAUACGCCCUAAAGUUUUUAAAUUUGUUGAACGAAAAGCGGAUCAGAUGUGGAUCCUUUUUUGUCUGUGGUGUAGUAUGUAUUUUUUUAGGAUGUAUUUUAAUGUUUUUGUAUUGUUUGGCGGCUGAGCUCACAGAGUAAAAAAAUUGUUCUUAACCCCUUCAGGCCGGAGUCAAUAGUACACUGAUCAAAACAAAAUGUAAACAAAAACUGGAAUUUGCACUAUGUCUGUUCAACCAUAAUUCACCUCUUUCAUAUUAUAUGCACCCACACUUAUAUAUCAUUUUGUUUUUUCACAUUGAAAUUUGCCAGAUUAGUAAUGUUACCUUUGAGACCGUAUGGUAGCCCAGGAAUGAGAUUUACCCCCAUGAUGGCAUACCAUUUGCAAAAGUAGACUACCCAAGGUAUUGCAAGUGGGGUAUGUCCAGUCUUUUGUAGUAGCCACUUAGUCACAAACACAGGCCAAAGUUAGCGUUCAUAUUUGUUUUUGUGUGUAAAAAGCAAAAAACUAAUAUUUGGCCAGUGUUUGUAACUAAGUGGCUACUAAAAAUGACUGGACAUACCCCGUUUGCAAUACCUUGGGUUGUCUACUUUUGCAAAUGGUAUGUUAUCAUGGGGGUAAAACUUAUUCCUGGGCUACCAUAUGGUCUCAAAAGGCAACAUAACCAAUCUGGCAAAUUUUAAUGUGAAAAAAAUGAAAUGCAAGCCUUAUAUUUGACUCUCUAACUUUCCAAAAUACCAUAAAACCUGUACAUGAGGGGUACUGAUUUACUCAGGAGACUUUGCUGAACACAAAUAUUAGUGUUUCAAAAUGGUAACUUGAAUUACAACAAUAUCGUCCGUAAAAGUGCCGUUCAUGUGUGAAAAAUGCAAACAAAAGUCACUUUUACUAAAAAUAUUGUUGUUGUAAUACAAGUUACCAUUUUGAAACACUAAUAUUUGUGUUCAACGAAGUCUCCCGAGUAAAACAGUAUCCCCCAUGUACAGGUUUUAUGGUGUCUUGGAAAGUUACAGGGUUAAAUACAGUGCUUGCAAUUCAAAUUCUCUGCACUUUUUGCCUGGGUUGUCAGGCAUGUCAAUCAAAUUUUAACUAAUUAAAUCACAUAAUUAUGUUAAAAUAUUACUUAAAUAUACACUUAGAAUUUUAAUAUAUAUAUACAUAUAUAUGUAUUUAAAGUCUACGUGUACACUUAUGUAGUUAUUUAUGUGAUUAUAUAUAAUUAUCUGUGUGUGCAUAUAUAUAUAUAUAUAUAUAUAUAUAUAUAUAUAUAUUUAUAUUUGCGGUUAUUUGUAUUUUAUAUAUAGAUAGAUAUAGAAUGUCAUUCUAAGUGUAUUUUGUUACCAAUAUAUAUAUUAAUAACAAAAUACAGUUAGAAUGAAAUUACAUAUGUAUAUAUAAUUUAUUUAAAAACUUCUUAAAAUAUUUUAUUUAUUUUAUUUAUUAUUGUAAUUAUACGUGUAUAUAUAAAUAUAAAAUAUAUAGAUGUAUUUUAUAUAUAUAAUAUAUAUAUCUUAUAUGUAACGUCAUUCUGUGUAUUUUAAUAUUAAUAUAUGUACUUAUAUUAAUAUUAAAAUACAUUAAGUAUGACGUUACAUAUAUAUGAUGUGUGUAUAUAUAUAUAUAUUAAAUUUAUAAUAUAUAUAUAUAUAUAUAUAUAUAUAUAUUAUUAUAUAUUAUUAUAUUUAUAUAUAAAUACAUUUAAUUUAUUUUAAAACAUGUUUAAUCAUUUUUCUACACUUCCCACCAGCAGGGGGACUGUCUGACACUCCAGACAGUCCCCCUGCUGGCAGAUCCACAGCCAGCUAUAGGGACCAUGUGAUCGCUCUUUGAGAGCGAUCACAUGGCCCCCAGGGGCCUGAUUUGCCUUGGGAGGACUGCCUGUGCUGUCAGGCAGUCCUCCAGAACAGGAUCGCAGCAGAGGUAAGUACCUACGAGCUCCUGGGGCUGCAAGCCGUUACAGCGUUCUAUGCCGCCGCAAUGGCUUUAAAGCCCAUUUAAUGCGGGCCAGCAUAGAAUGCCGUAACUGCGUUAAGGGGUUAUUGGUUAGAAUUUUAUCGGUCAAUACACAGGGGUUAAGUUCACCUCACAAAAGGAUUAUAGUCUUAACUCAUCUGACAAAAGAAAGGGUAGACAUAACUUUGAAUUGGGAAUCUCAAAAAUAUCCAAAGCUGAUAACUGCCUCUAAACAAAGUAAAAAAGUCUUGUGGAGUUGCUAUCCUCUUCUCAGAAAGACUGCAAGUAGACAUAUAUCAGUAUUUAGGUAUAGAAGGCCGUUGCCUGAUUGUUGUAUGUCUAAUCAAUGGCAUCAAAUAUACCCUGGUGGAUGUUUAUCUCCCAAAUAUUACUCCAACUAGAACAUUAAAAAAGAUUCUAGAUAAAAUGGAGGAAGUUAAAGAAGGUAUUCGUAUAAUCGCCGGAGAUUUUAAUUCUUUUUUAGAUCCAACUCUUCACAAAAAAGGCCUGAAGGUAUUGAUAUAAAUAAAUUAGUUAUCAAACAAGCUAAAUCUUUGAACAACAUUCUAAAUCAAUGCAACAUGUUUGAUAUAUGGAGAUUAAUUCACCCUUUUGACAGGGAUUAUACCCAUCUCUCCAAAACUCAUAUUUAUUACUCACAGAUUGAUAUGAUCUGGGGAAACUCACUUCUUAUAGAGGAAGUUAAAGCAAUACAGAUAAUAGACAAUGUGUGGUCAGAUCAUAGUAUAAUAAAUAUUGAAAUACAAAAUGGGUGUGCACAACUAAAUAGAUCUAUGUGGAAGCUUAAUGAGUUUCUUUUAAAAUAUAAAAGCAGUUAUGAAUAUUUGAAACAUAAAAUAUAA